CCUCUUAUCAGCUGACUUGAACCCGGUGUUGUUUCUCCAGUAAGCAUUGACGAAUAUUUUGAUUCUGUAAAUUAAUUAGAUUCUAUGGAUUCGGCAGUUGAAUUUGAACUCUCAAAACCAGGAGGUGGUUGCUUUAACAGCCCUGCGUUGGUUUCCGUAGCCUCCUCCAGUUUUUUAGACCAGGUCUUGCCUCACAGACAAGUUCCUUCAAAUCAGGACCAUCGUUCAAGUAUGAAGACCUGCAGAUUACACUUACCACAAACCCUAAGCCUAAACCGGAUGUGGACAAACUGGUGUUUGGCAGGCACCACAGCGACCAUAUGCUGACUGUAGAAUGGGAUAAUGACAAAGGAUGGGGCAAGCCUCAUAUACAACCAGUAAAGAACCUAAGCAUCCACCCGGCAGCCAAGGUGUUCCACUAUGCCGUGGAGCUGUUUGAGGGGAUGAAAUCGUACCGUGGACAUGACGAUAAGAUACGUCUGUUCCGACCAAUGGAGAAUAUGGAGAGGAUGGUGAUGUCUGCCGAGCGGGCCUGUCUUCCUUUAUUUGAUGGGCGCGAGUUGAUUCAAUGCAUGAAGAAAUUGGUCACUAUUGAUGCGGACUGGGUACCCCACUCCACAGAGGUGGCCAAUGCCCUGUACCUACGGCCAACUUUUAUCGGUACCGAGCCCUGCCUUGGAGUAGCCAGGUCCAAAAAUGCCCUGCUUUAUGUACUUACAGGCCCAGUAGGUCCAUAUUACCCCACAGGGCUUAAGCCAGUCAAUCUUCUGGCUGACCCUACCUACGCCCGGGCUUGGCCCGGGGGAUGUGGCAUGUUCAAGAUGGGAUCUAAUUAUGCCCCGACGAUUGCCGUGCAGGACUUGGCAGAAGAUCGUGGAUGUCAGCAGGUGCUGUGGCUGUAUGGAGAUAACCAUGAGAUGACCGAGGUCGGCACCAUGAAUCUGUUCCUACACUGGAUUAACAAAAAUGGAGAGGAGGAACUGAUCACUGCUCCAUUGAAUGGAAUUGUCCUGCCUGGGAUCACACGAAGCAGUCUUCUCCACUUAGCUAAAAAAUGGAAUGAGUUCAAAGUGUCAGAAGAGAUAUACACCAUGGAAGAAAUGAUACAGGCUCUUCAGGAGAACAGAGUUAUUGAGCUGUUUGGAGCGGGGACAGCUGCUGUUGUUUCACCUGUUGCAAGAAUCUUGUAUAAUGAUGAUUGGAUAGACCUUCCUGUCGGGGAUAAGGAGAGUCUCACACAGAGGUUUUAUAACGAACUAACAGAUAUCCAGUAUGGUAAAAAGCCAUGUCCAUCUAACUGGAUGGAGGAUAUUGAUGAUAUAAAGAACAGCAGUGAUGACAGAGUGAACAUGUCCGGAUAGAAAGGGUGUGACGUACACGGUGGUGUUCAGUGACAAUCUUCAUGCAUAAAGCUGUGGUUUACAGCCAGCGUAACAACGAUGAUCUUAGUAUAUAAGGCUGUGGGAUACAGUCAAUGUAACAAGGAUGAUCCUAGUAUAUAAGGCUGUGGUUUACAGUCAGUGUAACAAGAAUGAUUCUUGUGUAUAAGGCUGUGGUUUACAGUCAGUGUAACAAGGAUGAUCCUAGUGUAUAAGGCUGUGAUUUACAGCCAGUGUAACAAGGAUGAUCCUAGUGUAUAAGGCUGUGAUUUACAGUCAGUGUAACAAGGAUGGUCCUAGUGUAUAAGGCUGUGGUGUACAGCCAGUGUAACAAGGAUGAUCCUAGUGUAUAAGGCUGUGGUUUACAGCCAGUGUAACAAGGAGGAUCCUAGUGUAUAAGGCUGUGGUUGACAGCUGUUGUAUCAAGGAUGAUUCUUGUGUAUGCACUGUGGCCUACAGCCAGUGUAUCAAGGACGAUCUUGGUGAAAGGGACCGGUGAAUCUCAAAACUACGGCUAUUUUUAGUCACCAAAAUGUCAAGUCUUUAUUUUUUCUCUAGAAUCUCAGUAGUCAGAAUUGCUAGGUGCCUUUAAGAUAAAAUUAACGGGAUUUUUACUCUAGGAUUGUCACAAUUGUAAGAAAUCUCUUGAUAGAUGCAGAUCUACACUUUGGCUAAAGAUAGAAGGCAACAUUUGUAAAUGUGUAUACAUCUGGACAUAGUAUUCAUGGACAAAAACCUGAACGUUAUCUAAAUUUGCUUUUAGAAAGAUGUCUUUAUUCUAGUUACUCCAUGAUAAUAAGCCUAGCUGACUACUGAAGGCAUAAGCUAACUAAUUAUAAUUGAAGGGACACUGUUACUUAGCGGUAACUUAAACAUUGUAGCUAGAUCUAGAGACCAACAAAAAUAUUCUUGUCUGUGUGUGUGAAUCUCAGUGAUAUUAGAUGUUUCUGUGAUCUUGUUUUUUUUUUUUAAUUAGUCUUAUAAAAAUGAAACGGGCAUGUAAUGUAUAUUUAUGAUGAAAGUAUCCCAUAUAGAACAUGGAUCUGGUAAUACUCUGAAUACUUACUGAUCUGUCAUGAUACAUAAAAUUUCCUCUGCAGGAUACCCGAGGAAAAUAAACUGUUAUUCUAUUACUUACAGUUUUGAUCCAUAAUUUAUAGGUAGUUCACUUUUAAUUCAAAUAAUUUUCAAAUAGUGAAAUACGUAAUUAACAAGUAGUUCAGUUUUGAUUCAAAUAAUUUUCAAAUAACGAAAAAAAUAAUUCAUAGGUAGUUCACUUUUAAUUCAAAUUAUUUUCAAAUAGUGAAAUACAUGUACAUUAAGAUUUUAAUAGAGACUGUUGUUAUAAAAAUAUGUAUAAUCUUAUUUGUUUUGGGAGGUGAUGCACAUGUGUUAAUUCACUUCCACAAUUGAAAAUUAUUAAUAAUCCAGAGAAAUACUUACUGGCAGGAAGUAGUUGGGAAGUUAAAUACAUUGUACAUGUGUUGUCAUGUUUUUGUCUGGGGGCGGUAGGCAUGAAAAAUCUAUAAUAGCUUAAUAUGAGGACCUAAAUUUCUUUGUAUUGGUUAUGUCUCUACAAUUAGCCAGUGACUUGUCAUUGAUUUCUUCUGUUAGGCUUGGUAGCCUCUCUGAGCCAUUUGGCAUAGGCCAGCAAUUUAUAAAAUCCCUUUAAAACUUAUGUUUAACUUUUGUUGUCGUUAACGGGUAUUGUUUUUUCUUUUGUGAAUCCUUUUUAUGAAGCUGUUCCUUAACUUCCUUAUUUAUAAUGGAGAUGUCAUUUUUAAUGUUGAUAGUGCUGUAGUAUUGUUUAAUCAGAUUUCUAAGAAUCUCAAACAAUGGACAUAAUUGUUUUGUAUUUUUAAGUUGUUAUACAUAGUUUUGUAUUGUUUGAUAUUUAUUUCAAGGGUUUACAUUUAAUGCUUUAACUAUACUCAUGGAUUGCUAAACUGUGCUAAACCUAUCUGAAUACAAGGUUUUAUGACAUAACAUAUUUGUGAAUGAACAGUAUAUCUCCAUUUAGUGCUUCAACAAUGUUUCCAACCAGAAUUAUAUCUUAUAUAUAUAUAUAUAUGAAUUUUCUUUCCAAAGCGCCCAGUGUUCCCAUUUUAACAGGGACCUUUGUUCUUGUCCUUUACUUAAUUGUUCAAUGUGGAAUUCGCGUGUAGCUAAUUACUGUACAUGGGAACCAGCUGGUAUUUGAUAAAAUAGUGUUGAAAUCAAAGGGAGAUAAUCACCAAGAUACAGUCAGGCUUCCAAGUGGUAACUCUAAAAUUGUUUUUAAAGAUUGUCUGAUGUUGUUUCUUGUUUACAUGUUACGUUAUUUUGAAUUUAACUUAACUUUACCCAUGUAAUUAAUGAUAAUGAAGGUACGAAUUUAAUUAGAAGUCUUAGUCAAAGACUUUGCUAUUAAGUUAUAAUUAUCUCAUAUUUUUUUAUGACAACAGAUCUAGAUUUGUGCAAGAAGUGUAAAUAGGUAAAUAUUAAGAAAAGUAAAGAUUUGUUUGAUAGCAGAGCUUGACCAUAACUAUUUUGAUACUGUUUCAACUUGAAAUCAGGAAAUUGAUUAUAAGUACUGAGGUAUGUUAGGUUCAUUAUUGAGUAUUUUAAAAAGAAAGAGAAGAAGUCAUGAAAACUAGUUGAAUAAUAAAUUGCUAACAUUAACAAUGGAGUAUACACAGUGUAAUUCAUUCCAGCUAAGAUUGAAUACCUAGCUAAGUUCUUUAUGCAUGUUAUUAUUCCAUUCUAGGGCAGCAAAGAUGAAAAAUACCACAUGAUCUAUAUACAGAAGUAUUUGAUGCAGUUCUAUAUUUUCUCCGUCUCAUAUUUGUCCAUUUACAUAUUAACUUAUUCUUCCAUUUAGAAGGAUGGAAAGAAACAGUGGGAAAUAUGGAUUUUACCACAGGUAUCAGUUGUAUCUGUGACUUUUACCAAUAAUAACUAAACAUUGACAGAUGAUUUCUUACUGUAUGAUACAAUAUUUGGAUGACUAAGUUAAAUUUGAUAUACACUGUAUGUUUUUAAAUGACAACAAAGCUACUUUCUCUGUAUUACAGAUGGGAGUUUUCUGCCAUAUAUAAUGCACUGCAAAGCAGCAUAGCUCUGUAGAAUUUACAAUUUUUCACAUGUUCUGAAUCGCUGGGGUGCGUCUUCGUGCUGAAUUGAAGCAUGACCAGCAAUGUUAGGUGUUAUAUUAAGGUUAUCAAUUCCAGAAAAAAAUGAACAUAUCGUUUAUGUUUGUACAUAGAAUGGUGUCAAUCAUUGUUACUGUUAAUAAUGAAAGCUAUGCAUUUUGUUAUAGAUAUUAGUCUCAGUAAGGCUCAGUAUUCUAAUACUGGUAAUUCACUAAUUGAUAAUAUAAGUGAUUGGUGGGCGGAAAGUCUCAGUAUUCUAAUACUGGUAAUUCACUAAUUGAUAAGUGAUUGAUGGGCGGAAAUAUUCAAAUUUAUUCUUGCUUGAUUGCACAGAUUGUAAGAACAUCAGAACAAAUUGAAAUUGAAUUGUAAUCAAUCAUUAUUUGAUCAAAAUAAUGAUUACUUUUACACAAUUUUAAUAUAACUUCCUGUUAGAAUCUAAUUUCAUCAACACCUUUUUAGCCUGUUACUUUUCUGUUGAUUGUUCAGUCAUGGUACAGAUUGUUCAGUGGCUAGAGACAGGCCUUAUAGACGGAGGUGUAAGAGUACCCCGUAUCUAACAGGUUAAUGUUAAAAAGAUGUGAAAAUUUGUAAGGGGAGGUAACCCAGCAUUUCAAAGAGUGGGCAUCGCUUGAUGAUACUGUAGUAAUCUGUAUCUUAUGUUGUGGGCAUAUAUAUUAUAAUCAAACAUCCAGUGUGCAAUUCAUAGUUUAGAAUAUCAUAAUUGAGUGCUUAAAGAAUCAAAAUAGUGCCAGCUUGUACUUGAUGUUUAUAAUGAUAUUGUUUGUAACAUUGAACCAGUGCUGUCCUCCCAGUCAGUAGGACCUACACUGCGGUUACCAUGCUAUCCUCCCAGUCAGUAGGACCUACACGGCGGUUACCAGUGUUGUGAAACUGGGUCUGUUUGUUGUGUAAAUAUAGAGUACACUAGCCUUCAAACAUGAUUCAAAAUGUGUCAUUGUUAUUUUAAUUAUCUGUAUUUUUAGACACCUUUCUUGUUAACGACUUUGUUAUUGCCUGUUUGGUAGAAGCUAUCAACUUUCAAUAUGUGCAUUUAUUCAUCAUAAACCAAUAAUGUAGAAUUGUAUGUUUUUUUCUUUCUUUUUUUGUUUGUUUGUUGAUAUGAUGAUUUUAGAAAUAUAAUACUUGCAUAUCAGUUGAUAUUUAUCCAGGAUAUGAAUAUUCAAAAUUUAUAUUUAAAAACUAAAUUAGCUCAAUUUGUUUAAAAUUUUCCAUUCCUGAUCUCAAACUUUUUUUAUAAGUAAACUAAUAUUCAGACCGCUAUGGAAGCAAAUAACUAGUACACUUUGUAAUGGCAAUUUUUUUGUUAGAUUUGGAUCGUAAUGCAUAUAUUUAUAUUAUAUAUUGUGAAAAUAUAUUGUUGAGUUUCUGAUUAUUGGGCCUGGGUCAUUAUAACGGUAUUUAUCCUGUUGGAAACCCUGAAGGGCAACACAUACAACUUUGUCUUUAAGUACGUGGACUUAUUGUAGGAUAAUGAAAUGGCAUUCGUUUGCUUUUUCACUGAACCUGCAAUAGACGUGGCCUUAUUAUCAGACAUGGGCUUAUUGCUGGAUAAAUAUGAUAAUAUACAUGUAUUGACAUUUCAUAAUACCAUAUCAGUUGUGCUCCUCGAUUUUAUGUUUACAAUGUAGCAAUUAUGAAGCUUAAAACGAAACUCGAAAAAAACAUUUUUCCAUCUGGGCAGAUAAUUGUUAACAGUCAAUGGUAUUUUUUAAAUUCAUCUUUGAAAUUGGCAUUAUACAUGCUAUUUUAAAAAUUCAACUUUGGAAUUGGCAUAAUGAAUGGUAUUUUAUAAAUUCAUAUUUGGAUUGGCAUUAUGAAUUGGUAUUUUGUAAAUUCAUAUUUGGAUUGGCAUUAUGAAUUGGUAUUUUUUAAAUUGAUGUUUGGAAUUGGCAUUUUUGACUGAUAUUUUAUAAACACGUCGUAGGAAUUGGUAUUUUGAAUGAUAUUCUAUAAAUUCAUCUUUGGAAUUGGCAUUAUGACUGUACACUACUUUGUUGUUGGCGCAAGUCUUUACUGCAGACGAGGGCAUGAUCUACAUGCAUUUAUUGUGAUUUUUGUGUUGUUGAAGUUUUAGUUUUUUUACAAUGCCAGAUUUUCAUCCUGUACUGCGUGCUGAUCGUUACUUAUGUAAGAGAUUCUAGGACUAGCUUUGAUGACAACUUUCUGUAAAGCAUGCUAUUGUUUCAGGAUAACAUUGGUAUUGUUUCAGGAUAACUUGAUACAUCUUUUCCCUUUAAAUGUAUAUGUGAUUGCUUAAAAGAGAACUAUUGUCCUUUCUGAAAGUGGUUAGGGUAAAUGAUUUAUAUAGUUAUUAAUAAAAACUUGUUAAAUUCAGUUGCUGACAAUAGCUUUGCAAAAUUAUGCCUUUGCUCCAAAGUAAUAUUGUAAAAAGAAUACUGAUUAUGUAGAAUAAAAAUACAUAGUGUGACAGUGUAUAUUAUUACAAUGUCUUACUAUAUUUUAACAGAUUUGCUUUUAAAGUGUUUUAUAUGUCUUAAACUAUAAUUCCCUAGAUUGUUUCCAUGUGUUGUAUAACUAAAAUCAGACUAUCGGGAAAGCUUCCAGUUACAGUUACUGUUUUGCCUAGAAUGCAAAGAUUGGCUACAUAGUUUGAACUAAAGUAAUUGUCUGAAUUUAAGAAUACCUGGUUGAUAAACAAAGAGUAUUUGAAACAAUACCAUGCUGACAGCAGGGCUGUGAGAUAUACUUAUACCCAUCAACAGGUAGUGUACAUACAUGUUCAUGUUGACAGUCGGUAUAGCAUUUUCAAGCUUGGACAUUUUUUUUUAUAUAAAUAAAGGAAAUGUUAUGAAAAAAAA